CUUUAAACUACAUGUUGAAAGUAUUUAGUUAAAAUUAACUGUGACAGAAAUAACGUUGUAUCAUGGAUCAGGUGACGGUUAUAUUUUAGUUUGUACUUCUAUUGUUAAUGCUGGGAUUAAUUAAUGUUUUUAAAGACUUACUACCCUUCAAGUUUCCCACCAAGAAGCAGAAAUACUGCCGUAACUACUUUCUGAAUCCUGCUAGCUUCCUACGACAUCCUUUCUCUUCCGGUAAACCCUCCUCACCGCCUCUUAGCCAAUCACAGGGGCGAUAGCUGCCCCUCGUCCAAUCAGCAGCCGCCUCAGUCUUUUGUGCGUCACAACCCUUCCCUGCGCUGCUGCUGCUCUUAUUUUGGCGGCUGUGCGGAAAACAUGGCGGAAAAUUUGAAAGUUUGCAGCGUGCCCUGUAAAGUGUCAUGGGAUGAGCUGGAGGCUCUGUGUCGCACUGCAGGGCUUCACUGUAAAGAGCUUGGGGUGAACAAAGCCAACGUCAAUGAGUAUGAGGUGGAGUUCCUGUGUGACUACAAGAAGACAAAGGAGGAGGAGUUCUACCUGGUUAAGUGGAGGGGCUUUCCUGAGUCGGAGAAUUCCUGGGAACCCAAGAGGAACCUCAAAUGCACCAAGCUGAUGAAGCAGUUCCACCUGGAUCUGGAAAAGGAGCUGAGGCGCCACAAGAGACGCUGCAUCCCCAAAAAGCUGGACAAGGAAGUUUCCACGUUCCUUGUGCAGAAAGCCAAACUCCGUCAGACUCUGCAGCGCUGGGAGAACCACUUGAACCAGACUCGCAACAGCCCCGGUCGAAUUUUUGUCAUCAACGAUGUGGACUUCGAGGGCCCGCCGAAAAACUUUACCUACAUCAACAACUACAAAGUAGGGCAGGGCAUCGUGUUGGACGAGAUGGCGGUGGGAUGUGACUGUAAGAACUGCUUCGAGGAUCCGGUGAACGGCUGCUGCCCCGGCGCCUCGCUGCACCGCAUGGCCUACAAUGAGAAGGGGCAGCUCCGGAUCAGGGCGGGGAAGCCCAUAUACGAGUGUAACUCUCGGUGCUGCUGUGGCACGGAUUGUCCGAACAGAGUGGUGCAGAAGGGGAUCCAGUUCGACCUUUGCAUCUUUAAGACGGAGAACGGGCGUGGGUGGGGCGUCCGCGCGCUGCAGCACAUCAAGAAGAACACUUUCGUCAUGGAGUACGUGGGCGAGAUCAUCACCACAGACGAAGCGGAGAGGAGGGGUCACGUGUACGACCGCCAAGGCUCCACAUACCUGUUUGACCUGGACUACGUGGAGGACGUGUACACGGUGGACGCAGCUCACCUCGGCAACAUCUCCCACUUCGUCAACCACAGCUGUAACCCCAACCUGCAAGUUUUUAACGUCUUCAUCGAUAACAUCGACGAGAGGCUCCCGAGGAUCGCUUUGUUUUCAACACGGGCCAUUCGGGCAGGAGAGGAGCUCACCUUCGACUACAAGAUGCAGAUCGAUCCAGUGGACACAGAAAGCACCAAAAUGGACUCCAGUUUCAGCCUGGCGGGGCUGCCCAGCUCUCCGAAAAAGAGGACUCGAGUGGAGUGCCGGUGCGGCUCAGACUCGUGUCGAAAGUACCUGUUCUGACGAGGAGACCGCUGCGGGGCAAACACGCCCUCGUCUGUGUAAAGAAGUGGACAUAUGUACAUAUUUGUUUCGUUUACAAGGGUGAAAUUCGCCGCCAACCUUUUCUAUGUGAAAGCAAUGAACUCUUUGGAGGUAAAAAAAAAAAACACAGAGCAGAGUGUUGAAUGAAUCAAACAGGAAGUGGAAACUCAAUGUUUGUCUGAAGAUUCAGGACUCUUACAGUGGAUUAUUUCAGUACUUUGAGUAAUUCAUGUUUUUUUUUUUAAACGUUCUUCUCUGUUCCCUUUUUUAAUGGCUAGACACGUGAAGAUAGAUGUGCGAGCGUGCAUGUACAGAAGAUGACACAUUAAUUUGCAGGGCCGCUGUUGCCGUUGAAGCAUAUUUGACAUUAUUACCAACACAUCGAUUGGAGGCAUUUAUUUUUUAUUUUUAUCAUAUUAAAUGGUCACAAGAGGCACUCGGCAAAGUGUCAGUAUAUUCUAAUGAGAUGAAAUUAACGAGUAAAUUCAGGAGCUUUUCUUGAGAUCUCGACUUAUUCAUCUCGUUAACAACGCUGGCUUUCAUUUCAGUUCAUGUGUUUUAUUUUGUUUUGUUCAAGCAGUACAAUGAAGAGGCAAUGUAGAACUCAAAAUCGGUCCAUUUUUUUAAGGUCUUGUCUCAAAAUCAAAAACAUUUUUACUCGGUCUUGUCUCUGUCUCAGACCGGGUAGACUCCAGAUUUGAAAUCAAGACCACUACUGAUAGGAUAUUUUUCCAAGUCAUUACUGUGAUUAGAAGGAAAACACCUCUUUCUAAAAGAAAUUGAUAUUUAUGGUCUUGGUCUCGGAGCACUCUGGUUUCAGAUGUGUCUUGAUCUUGGUUAGUUUGGUUUUUUACUACAACACCAGUAGAGGCAAACUUUUUUUGUCACUUUUUUUUUCCGAAGGUGCAGGAAGAAUCCACUUGUCUUCAUACAAGGAAAAGAAAACAAUGCGUAGUUAAAUACAUUCAUAUAUGUAUGUUUUCAUGAAUCUAAACUCAAAGACUUUCACGCUCUGCUGAUCUCUGGCAAAUCUGAAUCCUUUUAGCUUCUUUAAAAUGUGUUUUUAUUUUUUUUACUCUUUCCAUUAUGCUGCUGAUGCUCAGUGGAGUUCAUAGUCGAUUUGUAACUCUCACUUUGAUUAAAAACUUGAGGCUUUUU